AUGCCGACGAUUUCCAAAGAGCAGCUGGACAUGAUCGGUGUCGCGGGGCGAGUCACUUCAGUUCUCUCAAUAUUAGGCUCUGCUACCAUAGUCGCUGCGUUUAUGUGCUCACGGCACCUUCGAAGUCCAAUUCAUCGAAUAAUAUUCUUCAAUGCAUUUUAUAACCUUUUCGACUCUGUGGCGACGAUGAUUUCUGUCAAUGGACCAUAUGCAGGCGACUACUCAUCCUUGUGUCAAUUCCAAGGAUUUGCACUUCAAAUGUUUCCGAUCGCCGAUGUACUUUGGACAUUCGCCAUGGCCCUAGACACGUACCUUGUGGUCUUUCAUCGUUUCGAUACUCAUUCACUACACAAACUCGAGAAAUACUAUCUUUCAAUAAUCACAAUCGUCACAUUCAUUCCGGCUUUGGUAUUUCUAUUUAUUCGGACACCAGCCAAGGGCCCUAUAUAUGGCAGUGAAAAGAUAUGGUGCUCCAUAUCCCCGAAAUGGGUGAUGCUUCGAAUCGUGCUAUAUUACGCGCCCGUGUGGCUCGUCAUCGCCAUCGUCUUGGUCUUAUAUUUUCUCAUCGGCGUCGAGAUCGCACGUUUACGGGACGAAUUCAAAUUAACCGAAGACUCCGAUCACAUCCAACUCACUUCAAACGUUUCCUCUCACCACACACCUUUCGAAAACCCAAAUGGCUCAGUCAUUACGACAGUCGAAGCAACCAAGCCAAAAUCAUCUCAUGGCUACGACUCCGGCGUCACCAGUGAAACGUCCGUUGAGCGAUCUAUUACACUUCGCCCGGAUUCAUCGAGGCCAUUCCCACCGAACUACCAGCUUCCAACACAACGACGCAUGUCCUUCAGACAAUACAUCCUAAUGCCUUCCCUAUUCUUUUUGGCAUUGCUCACAACGUGGGUUACGCCGACGAUCAAUCGUGUUUCGGCAUUUAUACAUCCGGGAUCGGAAUCUUAUUCGCUUUUGUUGGCUGUCAGUGCAUUGGGAUCUCUUCGCGGGUUCUGGAAUGGCGUCAUUUUCGUUACCAUGGGAAUGAAAGGCUGGAAACAGAGAGCGGUUGAGCGAAGGACUCGUUAUAAA